UGCUCUCAAAAGUUAACAGGUGUGUACAAACACCAAGGAAACAAAACACUUCCGUGAUUUUGCUAACGCGAUGUCAGUUUUAACUUAAGACGCUUUUUACGGAUUUUAUGUGAUUUUUAGAAGUCGAAAUAUGUUGAGAGGAGGGCGUGAGGUAGACUGAGAUUGUGUUUGGCACAACAACGAGUUACAAAGCCGGUAAAAAAACUCCAAACAGCAACAAAAUGUCUCCAUACGGUUGCAACUGCUUACUUCUGGUGAAGUUUGUUAUCAUAUCAGCUCUUAUAUCCCCUCAAGUGUCAUCACAGCAAGCAUCCUGUCUGGCUACAAGGCUAUCAGGUGCAGAAGACAGUGGUUCCUACACACUGGAUGUAGAUGGACAGGAAGGUCCCCUGGCGGAAUUUGAUGUGUACUGCGACUUCUCGGGUCUAGACACAAUGACAGUUCUUCAUCACAGCAGCGAAGACAGAAUAAGAGUGUCUUCAGGAGGUGAUUUUCACCUCCAGGUUGCCUACCCGGAGGGAAGUUUGGAGCAGAUACAGGUUGUUGUUCAGAAGUCGAGCAGCUGUAAACAGUUCCUCAGAUAUGAGUGUAGGAACAGUCCACUUCGACUGGCAGAAAACGUAUUCUGGUGGGAGACCACAGCAAACAGUCGCGUGUACUCGUGGGGCGGUGCUGGCGGCAAACUGGGACAGUGUCUGUGUGGAACACAGCACAACUGCCAGCCGAGUCCGGAACAAUCCUGUAACUGCGAUGCUAAUGACACGGUCUGGAGGACAGACGAGGGUUACCUGACAGACAAAACGACUCUUCCCGUGGUGAACGUAUCGCUAACAGCCAGAGAAGGCCAGGGGUACCUGACUGUUGGACCACUCAUAUGUGUGGAUGUACCAGAGUUCAUCCCUAACCAGCCCUGGCAGAUCGUACUGGGUACCGCCAUCCUGGUGUUCGCGGCCUUCCUCACGUUCAUGCCUGCUUUUGUACGUAAGUGGUGACCCCCCUGGGACAGAAGCCUGGUUUUGUACAGUGACAGUGACCUCCCUGGAAGAGGAAUCAGCAUGAUGCUUUGUGGAUCACUUAUUCAGCUGUUUUCCUUUUUUAAUCAAUGAAGAAGUGAAGUUAAUGUUACUAGUAGCUAGAAGUUACUGUAGGUACUGGUACUUAAGAUAUUGUAUGUAUUUUAAAACAAAGAACAUAUAUGUUUUACAACUGUGCUUCUGAUUAUUGUACAUUUCCUACAAUUUUCAAGAUUUUAUAAUCAGAUGUGAAUUGUGAAUUUCUACAUGGGCUUCCAAAGAAGUUUUCAAGGAAAGUUAUAUAUGUUUUACUAGUAAUCAUAACUAACUACAUGUAUAUAGUGUCUUUUGAUCUAUAUAAGAGAAAUUUCACACAUUGAAUGACACAGAUGCUAUCUUUAUUGCUUUAUUCUUUAUUUUCUCCCCUCCCAUGAUUCCCUCCCUUCCCCAUCCAAAAAUAGACUGUUCCAGAGAAAUGUACAUGACCUAUGACCUAUGAUAGAGAAGACCUAACAUCUAGACUCGCCUCCUGUACAAAUAUGUCAAAAGCAUACAACUCUGAUCUGUGACCAAGGCAGAGCAGCAAAGGUUUCAGGCGUGCAAAGAAAUCUUCAAAUGAAUCGGAAGAAUUUAUACAAAGUCUGUGUCCUGCUGGAAUAAAGUCUUGUUUUACAAAUCUCACAAGUGAUACUUAUUAAGACUUAUAAAAAAAACACUCUUUUUGUUGUGCUUCUUGUACCAAUAAUGCAUGGGAUUAUUCAAUCUGUCAGGCUUACAUAGCUUAAAUCUUGAACCAACUUUCUACUAGACGCUGCCUGAACGACCCAAGAUUUGACAGUUUGCUCAAGGAAUUUACAGAUAAAAACUUUUUUUUCAUGUUUUGUGUGUUCUGUUGUUACAACUUGCAUUGUAUUCCAAAUCUGAAAUCAAAAGUUGCACAAAUCCAAUUUCAGUUCCUGUAGUCGCUCAGCAAUAAUCGUCUAGUAGAUAGGGAUCCUUAAUAAAUAUGGACACUUGAUUAAAAAGACUAGUCCUUGUACUAAAAAGAAAUGGAAUGGUCUUCAAGUUUAUGUAUAUGAAAGCCUACUAAUCUUCAAGGUGGUAAUCCCCCCUUCUUUAAACUUUUAGUUGGUACAAUCCUCCAGCCUCUCAGUCUAACAAAAACAAAAAUAAGUGGUUGCUUUAAAUAGGAUUCAGUUAAAUUUCAAUGGUAUGACACAAAAAUGAGAAUGUUUUAGAAACACUGGAAAGUUCUUAAGGAUAAAUCAAGAUAUAAUCAAAAGAAGAAAGAGCACUUAAAGUCUUACAUCGUAAAUUAUUACUGCACAGAUCAGAACAAAAUCACUUGCUGUCAGGAGAGAAACUUGCCUUUUCAAUCAAAACUGACAGUAAACAUUUCUCUAAACAUCUCUACUGCAUCAUCACAAUGUUCGAAAACAAAACCAAAGCCGUUUCCAUUCAAACACUUAACUAACAUGCAAUGUGUGUUAUUGAGGAUUAACAUAAAACUUAAAGUGUGGUCCAGAAUAUGAAGUACUUUGCAAUACUCUUUAACUGUGUACAUACACUAUGAUUUGUGUGAUGAUACAACUGCAUAAUGCCUACAAAACAUGGUAAUCCACCUCAAAAUCACCCAGAGUAGUCAAUGAAGUUAGACUUAAUUCAGAUCUAUCAAAACAUGGAAUGCAAUAUAUGACUGUACAACCACAAACUUAAGAAACCUGGCACCAAAUUUAAAGCUAGCUUUAUCCACAAAUUUUAUAAAGAAAGCAGCAGCACAUUCGUAAGUCACACAUAACUAGAAGCACAGCAGAAAACUUGGAAGUUUUCAAACUUGCACUGCACAUGUAUGUCAUUGUUAAAGGUAAUACAAUUUUAAAACAGAAAAUGUAAUUGUAAAGUUAAUUCCUCUUGUUUUGCCUAUGUAUAUCAUUUGUUGAGCUAAUUGAUAAAGCUAAUCAAGUAAUCUAAAUUCAUGGUAUUAUCAUAAAUUCUAUGUGCUUGAAAGUAUGUAAUACAAGCAGAAAUAAACAAUUACUGUAAAUCACACACACACACAAACAAACAUAGGUGCAAACUUGAAUUAUAGAAGUAACUGAUUAUUAAAUACACCAGUAUAUACAAAUCUGCCCACCUUCAGUGUCUUGCCACAAACUUUCUUGACAUACAUGUGUGUACAUAUUAACAGAAGGCAGAUUUUUUUUGUUUCAACAGAAAUGCUGCAAAGAAAAUGAACAUACACCAAAAUUUUCCUCUUAAAACAAGACUGAAAUGCCCCUUGGAUACAUAAAUGUUCCACAAGCACAACUAAACCAAAAUGAAAGUAAUUUUGCUUUUCAAGCUUGGUAGUGGUUGCUGUUGGAUAAAUGCUCAUCUGGAAUGAUUUCAUGUUGUAAAGCAAACAUUUACCUUUUGCCUAUUGCACAUUUGUAUGCCCAGAUAU